AUGGACUUUUGGUCUCGUCUGAUCGGCGGCUCACGCACGCUGUCCAAGUCUAAGGCCACAUCCCCUACAGAACGGCUGACGGCGUUUAAACGCGCCUGUAACGCUCUCCAGCAAAUAUGGCGUUCGACCAAUACCCCCUCCGGCGAGCAAUCGGUGGCACACGCGCGAGCCUACAUUGAGCGCCUGAACUCCAUCCUCAGUGAAGAAUCUCGCGGACCCGCACCACACCCCUGUGUCGCCUAUGCGGCAUCGUCUCAGGUCUUCGUCACAGUCACCAAGCUCGCCCUUUCAUUCUACGAUGAUGGCAUUCUCAGAUCAGCCACCAUUUUCUUCAACACCCUGAUCGACGCCGAGGUCGACGGCGUUGUGGACAACCGACUCUUCGCCCGAGCGCUGGUAGAUUUGGUUCGUCGUGCGGAGAAACCAUCUGAUGAGAUUGAGGGUCGCCUAGUGGAGCUGCUCUUCGGCAUCGCAAACAACAUUCGUUUACAGCCCGUGAUACUGCCGGCGUGGUUUGGACCUCGGGCAACACCGGUGGCCCAGGAUAGCGACUCACAGGCCCCGAAUGGGUCGGAGUUCGCUGGAGCCACUCGGAAAGAUGAGUUCCCACUCUUCUAUCUGUUGGUCGACUAUGUCCAUAGCGAGGGACGUGCGGGCGACUUUGCGCGCACGGGGUUGCUAUACCUCAUCGAAACGGCCUCGCGGUCAAAGAACCUGGAGAGGUGGCUGAUUGAAAGUGACCUAGCCACACUCAUGGCUACCGGACUCGGCGCCCUCUACAGUCAGCUGGGACAUCUAGAGUUCACACCAGACGAGAACGUCCCUCACAUCGUCGGACUAUCGGAUCAUGCGAAACAAGAGACAGCAUUGAAACCGACCCUAGGGCAAGCAAUGGAUGCUUUCAUGUCAUAUCUGCUCUUCUGGCAGGACACCAUCGACCAUUGCAAGUCUGUGGAAGUGAACGAUACUUUGCUAGAUCAUUUCCAAGUGCUAUUUCUAGAGCAAUUGCUAUAUCCCUCAUUAUUAGAAUCAUCAGAUGUUGCCGGUGGAUCGACGGCAGCUGUUUUAACAUACAUGUGCCGCAUUCUGGACUCGAUCGAGCAGGGUGAAUUGGUCCAUCGAAUCUUACAUUUUCUUUUGGCUUCAUCCCCCAGGCCCGAAGAACAAAUGGAUAUGUCCGCCAGCCGACGAAAAUCAAUCAAUGUGCUCGCCGCACUGGCCUCAGAAGCAGCACAGCCGUCACCAUCACUCUUCAACUUGCGAGAUCUCUCCCUCCUGGGGCUCCAAUCGUCAAAUCGUCAGACCGUGUUAGCAACGUUACGACUUCUGACCACCGUUCUCCAACGCCACCAUCCCUUUGCACGGGCGCUGAUCCAUACAAUUCCCUUCCAGCCCGCACAGCAGCGUCCUGUAGGGGCGCUGAAUUCUGAACUUGAGCAGCUCACGACCAUGGCAACCUCGCUGGUCGAAGAUCCUACGUUGAAUAAGUCCUAUGACAAUUAUGUCGCGGACGCAACAUGGGUACUAGAAUCACGCCUGUGUCUGCCUGUUUCUUCAAUGGACGAAGAGGAGGAAACAAUACACCUCCCUCUAGCAAUUCAGCAAGAUGACCCCAUCGUGCAGGCCCUACUGGGAUGCCUUGAUAACUUCUUCACCAACAGUGUCAUAGUCAACCUGGCGCUGACGGGCGUUUUCAUGAGUCUGGCUUCAUCUCAUCUCUUUUCUCUAGAUGGAUGGGUGCUGGUAGACCCCAAUCAAUAUGAUUCAUCGUCAUCCGAGACUGAUGACCGCUUUGAACACGUUCGUCGGGCGUACCAAGGACCGACUUGGCCUGCCACAGCUACUCCCACCUUGACCGCAGCGCUGCAGAAGCUAGUGGAUCAGAUUCACCAGUGGCAGCGCGAAAUACCCGACUUUGAUCUCCUAGUUGCUGCUCGGCGCGAGCUUCUCCACCAGGACGAUCGCCCACAGACUCCCGACCAAUCGUCAGAGUCAUCUAUGCCCUCGAAGGACCGUUCUUCGCGCCCGCCUUUCCCCGGAUCCCCGGAUGCCGCUACACCCGUUUCUCGCGGCCGGUCUCCGUACCCACCCACCCCAUCUGAGAUCAACAAUCUAGAACGGGACGGGUCGCCUAACGCUCCGGCCGAUUCGCGCGAAUCAUCAAACACCCGAACCGUGAUUGCCGAGGCUCUUCGUCAACGUCUCGCCACGCCUUUCCCGUCUGCUUCCGCUGAUCCAUCUGCCAUUGAGGAAACCCCCAGCCCGGAUCAGGUUGCCGAAACCCCAGUUGCUACUUUGGGGCAUGUCUUGACGAACGUCGUGAUUCUUUAUGAAUUUCUUCUGGAGCUCUCGGCGGUCGUACAAGUUCGGGGAAGUCUUUUUGAAGAAGCGGGCUAUGUUUAA